GAUCUAUCACUUCUGAAAUAAUGAUGGAAAUUCUUCGUGACAAGGAGAGUGGCAUUAAUAUGGAAGGUGGAUUUAUGACAACUGGAAGCAUGGUGUCUGUAUUGCCUCAGCAGCCUAAUCUGCCAUGUAUUCACUUCUUUACUGGAACUCCAGAUCCUGCAAGGUCUGUAUUCAAGCCUUUCAUUUUUGUGCCCAAUGUUACUCAGUUGCUAAAAACUAGCUCCCCUGCUUUUGGCCAAGAUGAUCCAGUUAAGAAGCAACCGCGUUUCCAGACUAAGCCAGAUCGAAGACAUGAGCUCUAUAAAAAACAUGAAAGAGCUGCUGUAGUUAUGGAAACUACUGAGGGCAAAGGUAAAGAGAUGCUGAAAGAGAUACAGGAGUUGGAGAAACAGAAGAUAAAUGAAAUGGAAUCAAUCCUGCAAAAUGGAUGUCUUGACACUAGCCCAGCAGUUAACCUUUUUUCACAGUGUGUAGAAGAAGAACUCAAAAUAUAUAGCUAA